AUGAAAGUUUUCGCCGCCGCCCUUGCUCUUGCCCAGGCCGACGUUGUCCAGGACCGAGUUGACAUCAUCCUCGGACAUCUUGACCGACUUGCCGACGCCACCCUCACCGCUGGUGACGCCAAGGACGACCGAUACGUCGCCAAGAUCCAGUCCUGGGCUGCCAGAAUCGUCGCUGCCAACGGUGGACGAGGUGACGAGUGCGACGCCGAGGUCUCCGAAGCCGAGGACGUCAACGUCUUCUCCGAGGAUGACUUCUGCAAGUUGAACUCUCAGAUCAACUCUGCCCUCAGCUCCGCUGCUCGACGAUGGGCCUGCGACGGACGAGGCAACGUUGCCCGACAGGCCGUCCGACGACUCAAGAAAGUCAAGAACCAGUACGCUCGACGAUACUGCGCCUAA